GAAAAUGUUCCGAAACUUUUGUUCUGUUUUGAAGAGCUCUGCUUCAUGUGCCAGGUUCGAAAUGAUGGUUGUUGAAGAUGGAUCGAUGUAUACAAAGCUCGGAACGAAAUCGAGUAAUUCGGAGUCAGAUAGCCACGCAGCGACGCCAGUAAACGUAGAGACCCACAUUGCACUGUCCAUCUUUCUCUGUCUCCUCUUCCCUGUCACUGGUAUCCCUGCUCUGAUCUGUUCCUUGGAGUCCCGCAAGGCAAUAAGUGACAAGUCCCUGCCCAGAGCUGCUACUUGGUCCAGAAGAGCGUGCAUCCUGAACGCGGUAGGAGGGAUUAUCGUGGUGAUGCUCCUGCUGACUUAUGUGUUCUGGUUGAUAUCAUGGUGGCUGACUCCGUUUCAACCUCCAGCUAGUUACAGCUCUGGGUAUGAUGCUGCACCAGGGGUUGAUGCUGGACCAGGUGAACAAGGACAUUAUAGAACAUACAUCGUCACUAAAUCGCCUCCCCUUACCUAUCCUACUACUGGAACGAUUUAGGAGAUUGACUCUAUAGACUUAUUUGAUAAUAUGAUGAUUGAUUUACCACAUAUUUUGUGGCUUGCCGGACUAUUUGGUACCAUGAGGAGCACAUUAACGACCGGAAACUAAAAAGACACAUAAUGAAUAAUCUAUUGAUCCGUGUGACAGUUCCCAGAAUCGUCAGCAGCCAGCAAAAACCAGCAGAGACAAUGGAACGACGUCACGCUAUAACUCUAUAAGAUUCAGAUUUGUCGGCCUCAAGAAUUCUUAACAGUAGAAAGCGCAAUUUCAAUGCUUAUUAUAUGUAAUUGUGAUGCUGAAGGGGUUAGAGGCUGGAUCGGAAGAAUUACCUGGACUUUUUAAAACGAAUUUGGCAUGAAAAUUUCCUGAACAUUAGAGCUCAUUUGUCAUGAUGAUUUAUAAGUCGUGAACUUAUAACAUGACAUUUGUAAGAAAUAUCGUUAAAAUCGCAGUUCUACUUCCACUCAUUGAAUAACCCUAGAACUCUGAGAGUGGAAGAGGCCAUUUAUGGUCAAAUCACAAGUAAAAGUUGCCUCAGUAAACUUGACCACGACAAUAUUAUCCGAUGAUAAGAUUUACUUGCUUCUCGGUUCGAUUGUACUUACUUCUUUACUUAU